GGUCAAUAUCGUCUGCGCCAAAUAAACAAAAUGGCAUCGAAGGGAAAAGGUAAAACGAAAAACGCCAAAAAGGAGAAAGUUGUGGAGGAAAUUCCUUUGGUGACAGACGAAAAGAAAGAUGAAGAGUUGGAUGAAAAGCUGGACGAAGUUGCGACCGAAGAAGGGACUGCUGAUGAGUUGGAACCACCCAAAGAACCGACACCCCCGCCUGAUUACGACGAACCAACACUGGCAGAAUUGAUUGUCGAGAGUUUUGAGGGAGAGAAAGUACGAGGACUCUACGAUGGUGAGGGGUCAGCAUACUUCAGUGGUGGCCAUGUGUUUCAGGGUCAAUUUUCACAGGGAUUAAUGCAUGGCAAGGGUAGAUACACGUGGAGUGAUGGUCUUCAGUAUGAGGGUGAUUUCAACAUGAAUGAGAUCACUGGUAAAGGCUUGUACACUUGGCCUGACAAGAGCACGUAUGAAGGGGAGGUUGCGAAGGGCCAGCGGCAUGGCCAGGGUGCUUUUAGAUGUACAUCAGUCCCAUCCUCUUACACAGGGCAAUGGAAUGGAGGAAAGAGGCAUGGAACUGGAAUCAUUCGCUAUGAUGUCGAUGGUUUAUCGUUCUACGAGGGCGACUGGGUAAACGACAUGCGUCAGGGAUAUGGUGUCCGGCGUUAUCGCAGCGGCAAUGUCUAUGAAGGGGAAUGGAUGGCUAAUAAUCGUCAUGGCCAGGGUAUCAUGAGAUGGGUGGAUCUAGACGAGUCUUACAAUGGCCAGUGGGUUAAUGGCAUUCAGGAUGGUCAUGGUGAACACACAUGGUACUUAAGAAGGCUACCCGGAUCCCAGUACCCACUGCGUAAUCAAUACAUAGGUGACUUCCAACAGGGCAAGCGUCAUGGCUAUGGGGUGUUUCUCUAUGCUAAUGGAGCCAAGUAUGAAGGGGAGUGGAUGGAGAAUAAAAAAUGUGGAAGGGGGCUGUUUACAUUCAAGAAUGGUCGGAUCUUUGAGGGAGUGUUUGUGGACGAUAGAAUGGCAGAGUACCCAGCCUUCAGUAUGGAUGGUGCUAACACUCCAGAUAUUACACAUAUAAGGACAAGGACUCCAGAUCCAUCCGGACCAGGAUUUGGUGAUGUAACAUCCCGUAGUGAUUCCAGUCGUAAUACACUGGGCCCAAGUUUAACCCUAGAGUUGGAUCACUUGCUGACUGAAUUCAACGAGAAUGAUCGGGAUGAAGAAAUCAGACAGGUCAUGUUUGUUGUUCUACGCCACAUCACAACCUUCAAGAAGGUGUACAAUUUCUACGGCAGUCUUGGCCAUGAUGCGUCGCCCGACAACACAUUCAUCAUGACCAGACUACAGUUCUGGCGCUUCCUCAAGGAUUGUCGCUUUCACUACAGUGACUUGACCAUCAUGGAAAUGGACAGAAUCUUAGCUCCAAACAAGACAGUGAUGGAUAUUCAUAAUCCGCUGGACAAACUACUGAUGAGAGAAUUCCUCAAUAACCUAAUUACUCUGUCUUAUCACCUCUACCAGGAGGAAUGCACGAGCGAGAGUGGGACGGUGCUCUCAUGGUGUCUUGCUAAAGCUAUGACGGAUAACAUCACCCCAGCUGCCUGUGAUGUACAAGGGACGUUCCUUUAUGAACCCAGACGGGCUGUCAAUGCAUUGGGGUAUAUGGAUCGAUGCUGGGAAAUAUAUUGCUCCGUCUGCUCAACAAACAAGCAUGUUCCUUAUGAGCCCACUCUGAAGAUGAGAGAAUUCCUGUACAUGCUGAAGGACUACCGGCUCAUCAACGAAACCUUGACUCCCAAACGGAUCUUGGAAGUUCUGUCAGUCGAUGACCCAGGGGCGUAUGAUUCUCACGGAUGUAACUUGGAGCUGGAGAUGACAUUUCUAGAGUUCUUUGAGGCAUUAAUUGGUUGUGCAAUGAUCUAUGUAACUGAAGAUAUAGUAAAGGAUCCCACCACACCAAGACCAAGCACUGUCAUCUCUCAUACUCACAGUAGCUACAGUGGAACCACUGGGGCCUCAGCAUCAAGGGCUAGUCAGCCACUCGACGAUAGCGAAGAGCAGGGAACCACUGGUCCUGGUUCCCCACACCAUACAGGAGGCACAUCAGAAUCCAUGUCCCCCGGACCUCGGAUCGCCUCCUCGCUAGAUGCCACCAACAAGGGCUCAAACUUGGAACUGUCUGCGACAAAAGUAGAGGGUUCCAUAGCAACAGGCAGCCAACACACAGAUAUUGGCCAAGAUGCAAGUAAUGUAACCGUGGAGCCUAAGACACUCAAAUCUGAUACAUCAGGUCUUGGUGUUUUGUCUCACAAUGCUCCUAGAGCUUCUUCAGUGAGCGGUGAGGAUACACAGCAAGCACAUCUACUACAAUCCAUGCUCUCCAUGGGAGCAGAACAAAAUGAAGAACCAGAAGAGGAACCGGAGGAAGACAUGGACGAGGAGACCAGAGAGUUCAACUUCUGGACGCAUCAGAUUCACAUUUUCUUCAUCCGCAAACUCUUCCGAGCCAAUGAACACAUGGCCAAGCUCACUGAGACAAAGAAAGUCUUACUGGAAGAAAGAGAGGCUGCGGUCAUUGAAGCCGGGAAGCAGAGAGAACUAAGAAUCCUAGCCUACGAAGCCGCCCGUGAAGUAGAACGGCUUGCGGCCGAGACUAAGGCCAAAGAGUUAUCCGCAGCCGCAUCAGCUUCUGGAAUGGAGUCUAAGGAUGGAGAUAUUGACAGCAGGAGUUCUCACGACACAUUAGCAUCACCAACCAAAGGAAGAUAAGAAGAAAGUUGGCCUUUGACCAUUUGGACCAAUUGUUAUGCAUAUGUUGAGAUACACCAAGUGAGAAUACUGGUCUUUGACAAUCCAAAGGUGUCCAUCCGUCGAUUUCACCAAACUCUUCCCAACUUAGGAUUAGUCAUAGGACUAGUUAAUUUAUCCGAAUACAUAAGGACGCAUUGAAUCCAUUCUAAGGUAAGACGGGUUACUCGUCCGAACUCGAGAUUAAUCCUAGCGUUUUGUGAAAUCGUCUACAGUUCUUUUUUAGCAUCACCAACCAAAGGAAGAUAAGAACAUUGACCUAUGAACUCUAGCAUAAUCCAACCAUUGACCCUGAAAAACUGUUCCCCUGAAUAUAGAAUUGUUGACUUUUUUACAAACCAACUUUGCUGCAAGAUGGUCCUGAAGAAGAGAAAGAUUAAGUAGCAACCGUGGAGAAAAAGGAGAUAGUUAUCAUAAAAUGUCUUCUUUGGUAUUUUUGAGUGUGUUCUCGUUUUAUUUUUGUGCAACUGACUCCCACAUUGAGAGACCUUGGUUACACAGGAGUGGUGCGUAACGACAAGGGUCUACAAAAUACUUCGUUAAAUAAAUAAAAAAAAUCAGUGGGUGCAGGUUAUGUUAAAUGUAUUAAAGUAGGAUUUGACAUUUUGCUGAGGAAACAAAAUAUUAAGGGGUUAAAAAGAUGAAUCAAAAGACAUUUUGGGAAAACAUUCAACCAUUUAAAAGUAUUCAAGAAACAUUUCUUGUCGCUUCAAGCAGCAGCCAAUGGUCAUCCAACAACAAAUAUAGAUCUUGAAAGUGAAUUGACACAAAAAGUUCAGAUUUUGAUGUACUUAUUGGCUCUAGCCUACCCAAUCCCCUCCACAAAUAUAGGAGAUUGCCUCUGUGCCCACUGGUAAUUGCCUUGGUGCCCUUUUAAUGCUCCAGUAGAAAUGUAUAAAUUUCCUCAUAGAGUGUCCUUUACCAAGGAGGAAAUGCCUUGGUGCCCUUGCCCUUCCGAAGUAUAACUAAGAAGGGUUUGGGGGUUAUACCAAUCAGAUCAAACUUAUGUCACAUCGAAAUAAAUACUUUAAUAUACUUCAUGCAUGCAAAAGUAUUCACAAGUUGUAAUAACUGUAAAUAAAUCGUUUGAAUAGCGUUUUCAUAUUUCUGUUUUUUUUUAUCAAAUCUCCAUGUAAAUAUGUGUGAAUCCGUCCACAAACAUCAAGUUAGUCAUGUUGGUGUAUAUACAGUUAUUUGUGUAGAAUUCUGAAUAAGGAAUCAGUUUAUCAGUUUAUAAAGUCAUUAAAGUAC